AUCAUAAUUCCGUUGUCUACUCCUUACCGGAUGCUUCCUUGGUAAGCACUGGUGAGACAAGCCUAAUGACCCACAAUCCAGUUUCACCCCUGUAUAAAGGGAACGUCCUCUUGUCAUCAUGGCAGGUAGGAAAUUGGGUUAUCUAGGUGCUUAGAAGGGACCCUCCAUUGUCCCAGGGGGCUAGAGAGAAUCUGAGAAGAAAGCAGUGAGAUUGAGGGUUUGCAUCUAGGGAACAGGUGAAGUCUUUGGGCAACUUAUACCUGCAUACAUGGAAACUGGGAUAGACAAGAGAAAAGAGGUUUUGGUUCAAAAGCUGAAGGGCACAAUCUACCCAAAUUAGUCACAGCUAAAUCCUAGGGUAGAGACGCGGGUGGCACUGUGGGUUAAACCACAGAGCCUAGGACUUGCCGAUCAGAAGGUCGGCGGUUUGAAUCCCCAUGAUGGGGUGAGCUCCUGUUGCUCGGUCCCUGCUCCUGCACACCUAGCAGUUCGAAAGCACAUCAAAAAUGCAAGUAGAUAAACAGGUACAGCUCUGGCGGGAAGGUAAACGGCAUUUCCGUGCACUGCUCUGGUUCGCCAGAAGCGACUUAGUCAUGCUGGCCACAUGAUCUGGAAGCUGUACGCCGUCUCCCUCGGCCAAUAAAGCGAGAUGAGCACCGCAACCCCUGACGCGAUCACGACUGGACCUAAUGGUCAGGGGUCCCUUUACUAAGUCCUAGGGACACCUAACAGUGCUGAGGUUAGCCAUCCCUAAGGCAUAUUCCAUGGAUUUUGGUGGGCAAUAGAUGUUCCCACUAGGUCAGAAGUACUUUCAAACAUGUGGGUUUAUUUCAUUUUGUACAACAGCCAAUGUGCAUUUGUAGAACAGGCAAAAAGAAGAAGAGGAGUGUGCUACAGGUUCCCACCACUCUCAGGGGCCACUACCAGCUACUAUGGCACUCAAUGAUCCAAUAGCCCAACUGCCCAUUGCUUUGCAUCCUCUUUUGCAUCAUAACAUUCUCUGGCGGCGUAGAAUCUUGGGGCUUAUACUGUGGAGAUGGUGGCAUACCAGUUCAUAUAACCACAGUUUCCAUGGGUGCCCCUCUUUCAGUUGCUGACUUGAUCUGAGCCCUCAGUGUAUGUUUCUUGGGACCAGUUUGCCUCCCAUCUCAACUUGGACCAUCUGUGCCCACUCAGCCACUUCAAUCUUUGGAAUUAACAUUCUUAUGGGUGCCACAUAAUCGCCAUUCUGUCUUCGUAGGAGCUUCAUCUUUUAGUGUUGCACUACCUACACUUUGGAAUGCACCUUGAGCCGGUGUGAUUGUAGUGGUUAGAAGAGUGGGCUAGGACCUGGGAGAGACCAGGGUUCAAAUCCUUGCUGAGCCAUGAAGCUGAUCUUGAACCAGCAAAAACGCUACCAAAAGGAGUUUGCUGCUGCAAUUCUUACUACAGUGGCACCUCAGGUUACAUACGCUUCAGGUUACAUACGCUUCAGGUUACAUACUCCACUAACCCAGAAAUAGUGCUUCAGGUUAAGAACUUUGCUUCAGGUUGAGAACAGAAAUCGUGCUCCGGCGGCGCGGCAGCAGCAGGAGGCCCCAUUAGCUAAAGUGGUGCUUCAGGUUAAGAACAGUUUCAGUUAAGUAUGGACCUCCGGAACAAAUUAAGUACUUAACCCGAGGUACCACUGUAUAACCAAUUAUCUUCACGUGUAGCAAAGCCAAGCUGUAGAACUGGACUUAAGUGAUCAGGUUUUAACUUAGCCACUCUUGCUUGGAAGUAAGACCCUCUUGAAUUCAGCAGGCUUACUUCUGAAGAAACAUCCAUAGUAUCAGGCUGCACAAAGCAAUGGAUGAGGAACAAAUGCUUCUGCUCUAGAUAAAGGAGGAGAUUGCAGGAUUCAUUCUGCUGCUACUUGGAGAAAAUAGUUUCAUUUUCAGCUGAGCUGCCUCCCUUUUUUUGUCUGAUCUGCCUCCCAUUUCUCUCAGUCCCGCCUUUCUCUUGAUAAAGUUGCAAGGGGAGAGAAAUGGCACAUAAACAAUUGCCAGUUUGCAUGUGAUGCUCUUCCCAACCUCUUUUUUCAUUUCCUGCCUCGAACCAUAAUGAGCAGACACCAUGAUGAGCAAAGGAACGGAGAGGCAUCUCCCCACUUUUUUAGGUAAACAGGGAAAAGUAUAGGGAAUAGCGCAGGGUUAGCCUGACCCUUUAGCAAAGUGGGAUUGGUAGUUUUCCAGCAGGGUGGUGGUGGGAGAUGAAUACAUUUUGCAAACGCUGCAAAAAGGAAGUUUGCUGCUGCAGUUCUUUUUAUAACCAAUCUUCUUCACAUGUAGCAAAAAUAAGCUUAUAAAUUAAGGAUGCUGCACCCCUAUUAUGCUUACCUGGGAGAAAGUGCCACUGAACUCGGCUGUGCUUGCAACUAUAGACUUGCUUCUGUAGGGCUUGCUUCUGAGUAAACAUGCAUACGAUCAGACUGCAAAAAGCAAUGGAUUCAUUUAAACCCAGUGCAGUGUCUGUGUGCAUAUAUACUUCUCCCUUUGUGUAACAUAGUGUUUAUAGUGAUAUAGAUGUAUAUAUGAAUGAUGGGGUGUGGGGGGGAGGGGGAGGGAGAGGGAGAGAGAUGCAAAACUGCUCUGAAGGCCAGAUCACCUGUUUUGCUACUUCUUUAGAAGAAUAGACAUGUAUUCAUUAUUUCCAGAGAGGACGUACAGAAUCUUAAAGGUUUCCAUAUAUCUUUCUACUAGUAGCCUGUGUAGAAGGGAUCUAAAACUGGGGUGGCUGUUACAUCUAUAGAUGAGGUUGCCAUUCUUUUUAGUAGCCUAUAUUCUAGCAAAGUUAUCAGCCAUUAUUUGUAUACAGUAACGAGUGGUUGAAAGUAAAAGUGGUAAGAUUAUGAAGCUGCUGUUGGGAAUCUUAAAAAAAAAAAGAUGCAGCAACAAACUGUCGUUCGAGGUCUUUAUAAAUGACUUGGAUGAAGGAAUUGAGGGGAUGCUCAUCUAAUUUGUAGAUGACACCAGACUGGGUGUCAUCACCAAACUAAUGCCACAGAAGGCAGAAUUGGGAUUCAAGAUGACGUUAACAGAUUGGAAAACUGGACCGAAGCAAACAGAAUGAUUCCAAGAGGGACAAAUGUAAGGUUCUACAAUUAGGCAGGGAUAACCAGAUGCACAAAUAUACAACAUGGGGGACACCUAGCUUACCCAUGUGAAAAGGAUCUAGGGGUCUUUAGUAGGCCACAAGUUUAAUAUGAGUCAACAGUGUGAUGCAAUAGCAAAAAAUAAAAAUAAAUAAAUGCUAAGGCUAUUCUAGGCUGCAUCAAGAGAAAUAUAGUGUCCAGAUCAAGGGAAGUCAUAUUACCACUCUAUUCUGCUUUGGUGAGAACCCUCCUAAAUUGUGUGCAAUUCUGGGUGCCACAAUUUAAGAAGGAUAUUGACAAGCUGGAAGGUGUGCAGAGGAAGGCAACCAAGAUGAUCAAGGGUCUGGAAGAUAUGUAGCCCCUGACCACAAAUUAAUCAAUAUCAGUCUGUUGGCCACCACCAGGGUGCAUAGAAUCCAUUUCCUUUGUCCUGUUGUUCAUUUCUGUACAAUAUGGUUCAAAAGAAUAUUAUCCGCUGAAAGUUUUAACUUUUUCUGCACACAUAGUUAUACAGUCCAGCACUUUCUUCCAAAACUUAGUAAGUACAGGGCACAUAAUGCCACUAUACAAAUCUGUUGUGUGUGACCCCAUUUGGAAUACUGUGCAAUUGCUCUGGUCACCUCAGCUCAGAAAAGAGUUGGAAAAGGUUUGGAAAUGAUUGAGGGGGUGGAGUGACUCCCCUAUGAGGCAAAGUUUCUGCAUUUGGGACUUUUUCGUUUAGAGAAAAGAUAAAGAAAAAGUGACAUGAUCAAAGUUUCUGAAAUGAUGCACGGCAUGGGGAAAGUGAACACAGAGAAGUUUUCCUCACUCUUUCAUAACACUCGUGGACAUCCGAUGAAUGUGGGAAGAUUCAGUACAGAUAAAAGAAAGGGUUUAUUCAUGCAGUGCAUUGUUAAAACUGUAGAACUUGCUCCCACAGGAGGCAGUGAUGGCCACCAACUUGGAUGGCUCUAAAAGAGGAUUAUAUGGGGUUAUAAAGGAAAAUACCUUUGAUGAAACCUGGUCUCCCUUUUUUCAUACAUAAGGGGAAAGCUCUUUCAGCAGCCUCACAAACCUGUCUGUGGAGAACCUAUAUGGACUGCCAAUGCUGAGUACCUGAGGGCCCCGGUCCUGCCACUCUCCAACUGGCCCAGGGCAGCACCUGACAGGCCUCAUAAGGACUACUGCCGUGCUGCCGUGGCUGCUGCCCAGCAAGGACUGGGGUAUUUUGAGGGAAGUUUUGUUGGGAGUUUUUGCUGUUGUUACUGAUAUUAACUGAUAUUACUUAUACAGUGGUACCUCAGGUUAAGUACUUAAUUCAUUCCAGAGGUCCGUUCUUAACCUGAAACUGUUCUUAACCUGAAGCACCACUUUAGCUAAUGGGGCCUCCCGCUGCUGCCGCGCCGCCAGAGCACAAUUUCUGUUCUCAUCCUGAAGCAAAGUUCUUAACCCGAGGUACUAUUUCUGGGUUAGCGGAGUCUGUAACCUGAAGCGUAUGUAACCUGAAGCGUAUGUAACCUGAGGUACCUACCACUGUAUUAAUUUUUGUAUCUUUAUUUUUAUGUGGAAAUUGUUCAGUUUGGUUAUGUAGUUUGUAUUGGUGACUUAUUGUAUUUUAUUAUUUGCUGGAAGCUGCCCAGAGUGACUGGGGAAACCCAGCCAGAUGGGCGGGGUAUAAAUAAAAAAUAUUUGUUUAUUUGUUUAUUUAUUAAGACCAUGUAAGAUGACACCAUGGGCUUGGUGCUAUGUUAUUUUCUUUGCUGUGACUGUAUUGCAUAAUAAAUAUUUUUUUAAAAAUGGAAAAAGAGGAUUAGACAAAGUCAUAGAAGAGGAGAUGGCUAUUUAUAUCUUCUAAUGUAUCUUCCUUUUGUCUUUCUUUCAGUGGUAGCUACUCAGACACAUGAGGGGGACCAAUCACAUCACCCUCAGUUGGCAGCUGAAGGAAGCCACCUUGGGGGUUUGUUCCAUCUGCCGGACGAUCUCUUCUGUGACUGCCCUGAGAUCAAUAACCUGGUUGCAUCCUUUGAGCCGCUCUUUCCAGAAUGUCUUUCCACACCUCUGGGUUCCAAUGAGGCAAGUGAGGAAACAUCCAGGGAGGCCCCAGGAAGCGACCAGGUGUUAGCCACAGCAACUGUAAGGCAGGAGGCAAGACCUAAAUGUGACACCGCCAGUAAAAACCAACAGCAGAGUGAGGGGCAAAUCAAAGAUGAUAGCAAGGUUCCUAGUGUUACAGGAGCCAAGAGAAUGUGUGUGGAUACAUUGGCAGGCCAGCCCUCACGUCAUUUCCCCAGGAUCUCUGCAGAGCCAGAACUGAGGAAAGAGGGAUUUGGAAAGAGCCGGAACACCGAUCCAAAGUCUGUGGUGUCAAAGGCGCCAGACUCUACAUUUUCUAACAUAAAGGGGAAGAGGAAGGCCAUUUUGACUGAAGACAAACUGGUGGGAAAUUUCCCCAGAACAAGUCUAGAGUUGGAGGCGUGCGGCUCUUCCCAGCGUCUUCAAGAAGGGCUGAGCGCCAAGUGCUCUCGAGGAAGCCAUCCCAGCCAGAAAAGCCAGGAAGAGAAAUGCAAGGAGGAGAGAAAGAUGCCUUGCCAAAACUUUCUGAGAAAGGGGAAGGCAAAAACCAUUGGGCUCCAGCAGGAAGCUUUAAGAAUGGGUGAGGACAUGCUGAACAGCAGCAAAUCCAAGACAGCAAACAAUGAUUCCAAGCCGGGGGGAAAUCUUGGAGAAACUAAGAGUAGAGAGAAGGCCCAAGCUAAAGGGAACCUGGCUGGGGUAAAGGGAGAAAAGAAUGAGGUGCCCUCAAAGGCGGUCCCCAGAACCAACCUGGCUUUGCAGAUGAUAAAGUCUGUGCAAGUCUUCCAUCCCCUGGGCAAGAAGAAGCACAUAAUCUCCAUGCCUGCUAAAAAGUCUGUGCAAGUCUUCCAUCCCCUGGGCAAGAAGAAGAACAUAAUCUCCAUGCCUGCUAAAAACAUCUCUCCACUAAAUUCUGCCAACAGCAGUUUUGCAAAGACAGAGGCCACAUUGGAAAGACCUAUGCUGAAGACAUCACAUAAGCUCCGGCUGGCCCCUCUGGCUCCGCUAAGCCUAGUGUCCACCGCCUUGCCAAAGCCCCUGCCAAAGCUGGCAGCCACUCCAUUGCCAGAGUCACCACCAGCACCCUCCCCCCUGUCAAAGUCACCUCCAGCACCUGCCCCACUGACAAGGCAGCAGGCAGAUUUGUCACCUGCAAAACCUCCAACCUCUGUGUGGAAUCGGCUGGGGACAUCCACUUCCUCUGAAGGAGCACCAUCAUCUCCUGGGGUUUGCCAAGCUAGGGAGUGGGUAGUGCAGUCCAGUGUCCCCGCAGAAGGACCUGAUCCCCCGAUCCAGCUAGCCACCCCAGCUGAAAACCCUUGGUGGCUCUGCAAUGUCUACCCACUUGCAAUGAAGCUAGUGAAGCCUGCGCUACCUGGGCAAUCUGUGUCUUCACCACAGGAAGAUCCAAAGCUUAUCACACAGAGGAGGACCGCAGGAAGCCCAGAAGAGUCACUACCAGUAAUGGAAGAGCAGCAAUGUGCUGAGGAGGUGAGGGAGAGAAAAGCUGAGGGAACCUCCAGCCCCAGGGAAGGACUUUUGUAUAUGGGAAAAGAGGAGGAAGAUGAUCUUUUAGACAUUUGCAAAAUUAUUGUGCCCAGUUUUAACAUGUGCUAUCCUGAGAGCUCUUAGAAAUGCUUUGGUGAUCUAUCAUAUGCUUGGACAACAACUAAGAUGUGGACAGGAACUGAAUGUUAUCCAGAUUUUUGGACCCAACGGGCACAUGAACAGAUUAAAAGAGACUUCCAUUAAUGUUGGGUGGAAGGACGAGGUAAGGGAUGUUGCAAAUUAACAUCCUCAGGGAGAAAAACCUCAAAAAAGUCUUGGGGGGGUAGUAGCAGCUGCAGCAGCAGUUCCCAAGAUCUGACCAUCUCACUCCAAAGGGGAAGAAGACAUAAAAGAUACACCAACCUGAAAGUUUCCCAAUUUGUGGCCUAUCCCUUUCAGCCAAUGCUGCAUCAUGACUGACAUCUUAUAAGGCUAGCUACCCAUGAGGCUGCCAUAGUUCUCCAAUUACGAGAGACUAAUUUACAAGUGUGAGAAAGCACAGUUAAGGUGGCAAGAAACCAGUGAUUUCUUUUGCAGAAUGUCUCAUCCUAGCAACCUCUUCUCAUUCCUGUUGUUCCUUCACCAUUGCUCUGCACUUUUCUGGAACAGAAUAGGUGCCCCACCCCCUGGUGUCCAACAGGGGUACUCAUUGUUAGGUACUCAUUGUUAGGGGUAUCAUUCCUGAUCCUCUGCAAGGGACAAAGUUGUGUUGAUGGUCUUCUUUACAGUCAUCUGCUCGAAUUUUGCAGGUACGAAGUGGAAGGAAAAGUGCCGUCAAUCAUUAACAAAACUGUUGGAAUCACACUUCUGUUUACAGCAGCUGAUGCCUUACAGUAAACCUCCCUAGGUCUAAAUGAACUCACAAACAGUUCCUAAACAAACAAGGGUCAAGGCAGCCCUCAGGUGAUGAAAGCCAGCUCCCCUUUUGCUUCUGAAAGUGCAUUGCAAUAAAUAAACAAAUCAGUAGAUAGGACACUGAAACAUCCAGGGUUUGGGGUGCAGCGGAGAGGUCAGAAUCCCCAAAAUUUAGAUAGGAGGUGGUUAUUUUGGCCCAAGGCUAUCUAUUUGAGGUGCUGGUCCUUAGUGACAAACUGUAAUCUCUCCUUACUAUGUUCCAUCUCCUCCCUAACAGCCAACAACAAGGGUUUCUGAAAAACAAACUAGAAAAAGUAGACGUACUCAGGAAGGGGGAGGUUAUUAUGGGCUGUAAUAUGAAGUGCCAGGUGCCAAAGUGGAGUGGAAAUGGCGGGGAAGGUGCCACUAAACAAUGUUCCUGCAACUCCUGCUGGCCAAGCUAGUGAGGCUUAAUUGACCUCUGGAGAUCAUGCAAGCAAAGUGUCUGUGUUUACUUGUUUUACUGAGAUGCAUUAAUGCAUAUUGUUGUAUCGAUUAUAUGCAAGUCACACAGCAUCUUAAUUAUGGAGUCCAUAAUCUGGAAAAUAACUGAAUCAGAUCAUGCUCCAGUUAGGGAUUGCUCAACCCCCAACUUCUAAGUAUUCCUUGGUUGCUUUCCAAAGUUGGUUUGAGCGCUCUCUUUAUUACACACACACGGGGGGCGGGGGGCACUGCUAGAGG